ACUACACACAGGGCGACAAACUUCAUGCAUUUCUAAGACCCCUACGGUUGACUGCAACAAACGGCCUAGCUACGUCUGUCAGCAUAAGCUGAAGUCGUCUCAAAAGGACAAGGUUCGUCAGUUCAUGACCUUUACUCAGUCUGGGGAGAGGACAGCUGUGUACUGCCUGACCCAGAAUGACUGGAAACUAGAGGUGGCCACAGACAACUACUUCCAGAACCCCGACCUCUACUAUAAAGAAUCCAUGAAAACCUCUGUGGACCGCAAGAAGCUAGAACAGCUCUACAACCGAUACAAAGACCCCCAGGAUGAGAAUAAGAUCGGUAUCGAUGGGAUCCAGCAGUUCUGUGAUGACCUCACCCUGGACCCGGCCAGUAGGAGUGUUCUGGUGGUGGCCUGGAAGUUCCGUGCCGCCACGCAGUGUGAGUUCAGCAGGAAGGAGUUCCUUGACGGCAUGGCCGAGCUGGGCUGUGACAGUCCAGAGAAGCUGAAGGCUCUGCUCCCCAGACUAGAACAGGAACUCAAAGACACGGCCAAGUUUAAAGACUUCUACCAGUUCACCUUCAACUUCGCCAAGAACCCCGGACAGAAGGGACUAGACCUGGAGAUGGCUGUAGCCUACUGGAACCUGGUUCUAACAGGUCGAUUCAAGUUCCUGGACCUCUGGAACAGGUUUCUAUUGGAGCAUCAUAAGCGGUCGAUCCCCAAAGACACGUGGAACCUCCUACUGGACUUUGGCAACAUGAUCGCAGACGACAUGUCCAACUACGACGAGGAAGGAGCUUGGCCUGUCCUCAUAGAUGACUUUGUGGAAUUUGCCCGGCCAAUCGUGACAGGGGGCAAGCGUAAAACCAUAUAGGCCAUACCCAGUUCCCAGCAGGGGCUGAGGAUUUUUAUACACACGAGCCAAAAAGAGACUUCUACAAGACUGUCCAAGGUUGUGAGACUUAGCUGCCAAUCAGGGGCCGGGGAGCAACAGACAGCCAAUCAGAGAGAAGGAAAACAACAGGAAGAGGAGUUAUCUUUUUCUUUAUUUUUGGGACUGAGUCACUACGGGAGGCGGGCUGUCAGCGGGGGGUGGGAUCUGUGGGCGGAGCUAUGAGCUCUGCUCCCAUUGGCUGGCUGGAUCAGACUGAGCGGCCAGGGACUACAGUACCCGUACACCACACCAGCCACCAUCAGAUCAGUGGGCUUGUCUAUAGAUUCUAGAACUGGUGCUCUGGCCCCACCCCCCUACCUGUAGCCCCCCGGCCCCACCCCCUCCUUACUAAAGAACGACCAGGGAGAGCAAACAGAACAGCAGAGAGAGACGGAAGGUUUGCUCUCUGCAGCAGACGCAGACAGAAGGGUGUGAUAUUCGAUCCAGUGGAGGCUGCUGAGGGGAGGACGGCUCAUAAUAAUGGCUGGAACAGAGUGAAUGGAAUGGCAUCAAAC